AUGGCUGGGGAAGGCGAGAUCAUAAACCAGGCUCCACAGAUUCAAAACAGACAGCCGCAUCUGUCUAAACAGGAUAUUACACAUCUCGAUAUCAAAUCAUUGACACCGUUGUCUCCAGACGUGAUCUCUAGACAAGCCACGAUCAAUAUUGGUACAAUUGGUCAUGUGGCUCAUGGAAAGUCUACAGUGGUGAAAGCAAUCAGCGGUGUCCAGACUGUCAGAUUUAAGAACGAACUUGAAAGGAAUAUUACAAUCAAGCUGGGCUAUGCUAACGCCAAGAUAUAUCAGUGUGAUAAUGAUGCUUGUCCUAGGCCCGACUGUUACAGGUCUUGUGGUAGUGCCAAGGAGGAUUCAUUUGUCUGUGACAGACCUGGGUGUAGUGGAAGGUUCAGACUGAAAAGGCAUGUGUCCUUCGUGGAUUGCCCGGGCCACGACAUUCUGAUGGCUACCAUGUUGAACGGAGCUGCUGUUAUGGACGCUGCCUUGCUGAUGAUUGCUGGAAACGAGUCUUGUCCGCAACCUCAGACAUCAGAACAUCUGGCCGCUGUUGAAAUCAUGAAACUCAAACACAUUCUGAUACUUCAAAACAAAAUUGAUCUAGUGAAAGAGUCUCAAGCCAAGGAGCAAUACGAGCAGAUUCAGGCUUUUGUCAAAGGCACUGUGGCUGAAAAGGCACCAGUUGUACCGGUGUCGGCACAGCUCAAGUACAACAUUGAUGUCAUCUGCGAGUACAUCAUCAAACACAUUCCUGUGCCGGUCAGGGACUUCCUCUCGGAACCACGACUUAUUGUAAUCCGCUCAUUUGACGUCAACAAACCAGGCUGUGAGGUGGAUGACAUUCUAGGAGGUGUGGCUGGGGGUUCGAUUCUCAGGGGUGUGCUGAAGGUGAACCAGGAGAUCGAGGUCCGUCCUGGGGUGGUCUCCCGAGAUCAAGACGGCAAGCUGACAUGUAGGCCCAUUAUGUCCAAGAUUGUCUCCCUGUACGCAGAGCAGAAUGAUCUACAAUAUGCUGUCCCGGGAGGAUUGAUAGGUGUUGGCACAAAAAUGGACCCAACCCUGUGCCGAGGAGAUCGACUCGUAGGACAGGUCCUCGGAGCUGUGGGAGCUCUUCCUGAUAUCUUCACGGAACUGGAGAUUUCCUUCUUCCUCCUGCGGCGGUUGCUGGGUGUCAAAACAGAAGGAGACAAAAAGGGUGCCAAGGUACAGAAACUUAGCAAGAAUGAGGUGCUGAUGGUAAAUAUUGGUUCUCUGUCGACCGGGGGACGCGUGUUGGCAGUCAGGGCAGAUUUGGCCAAAAUUGGGCUGACUGCGCCAGUUUGUACAGAAGUUGGAGAGAAGAUUGCACUCAGUCGAAGAGUAGAAAAACAUUGGAGGUUGAUUGGCUGGGGUCAGAUCAGGCGAGGUGUCAAGAUUACCCCCGACUCAUAA